CUUCAGACUCCUUUGUUGCCGAACUAUAUAUUGCUAACAAUCCAAAUCCCUAACUGCACCUGCUCCUUUUUUGCAUCCCCAACUCGAAAAUUGAACCGGGUCAUCUUUAGCUACUAUAUCUACGAAAUUAGCGAAUAGGCAACAAUCAUGAAUCCUCCAUCAUAUGAUCUAGUAUUCGGCUUACAACAUGAAAAUGAUGAAUUUACCGAAGGAGAUUUCGAUGAAUCCAAACCUGAUGAAGAUGAUGAUAAAUUUACCGAGGGAGAUCCUGAUGAAGGUCCGUCUUCAAGCAUUGGCAUCGAUUAUGACGAUGAGCAGGUCAUGUAUAUCGGGAUGGACGACGAUAGCUCUCUAUCGUCGUCGUCCGGUGAUGACUGCAGCCUGGCUGACAAGCUGAGAAACCACCGUCAUUACUAUGUCCACUUGUGUGACGGAGCUGAAGUCAUCAAUCCAGAAUCCAUUCAAAGCGAUCAAUUGCUAGCCGGUUUGAAACGCGCCUGGAUUGAUAGAAGUUAUGAUCCUAUCAGCUUCAAGACAAGGGUUCCCCGUGUUUUGCUUUUAUAUCCGGUGAUGGAAACCUUGUGA